GAGUUAUUCCACAACGAUUGCAAGACAUUGAUGGAAAACAAAAACGUUGUUUUAAAAACGUUUGAUUUUUCAAUGUGGCACAAUGAUGGAACGACUUGUGAAAAAUAUCUGAAAAGUGCCAUCGAAAUCAUCAAAUCGUCGAAAAAAUUUACCACCACAAGCCUAAGCAUUGGUGUAUGGAGUUUUCACGAAAUUUCUCAGAUCUUGACGCUGAUUCAGCCAGAACUUGAUAUUUUUUUCGU